AUGGAUAUUAGAAAAAAAAAAUCUUUAGAUACAUUUUAUGAACAGAUCAACGAACAUAUGAAAUUAAAUCCACCAUCAUCAACUAAAAUAGAAUCAACAACAAAAAAUUUAUCAGCUACUCGACAACAGUUUAUUAAAGAUUUUGAAGCACGAGCAUUUAAAACAAAAAAAAAAUUUUGUCCGAAUUGUAAUACACCUGUACGUGCACUUCGUGCAGAUUCACAUACAAAACUUUUUUAUUCUGAAGGAGUUUCAAAUAAACAAAUAAAAGUCUAUCAAGAACGCAUGUCUAAUGUUCGGUAA